AUGACGGCCGCAACCCGCCUCCGCUCCAUCUACCGCUCCCUCCUGCGCGAGCUCCCACCCCGUCCCGUCCUCGCUCGCGAGCGCUCUCCCAUCCACAACCGCCUCCGCGCCAGCUUCACUCAGGCCAACACCAACGCCGUCGAGGCCAACACAGCCGCUGCGGAGGCGGAGCAGCUCGCCGCCUACCUCCGCGCCCAGCGCACCUACGUCACCCUCCUCGAGCGUUAUAACCCGGGCAUGAACAUGGACGAGGAGGAGCGCGUGCGCCUGACGGCCCGGAGGGUCGGCAUGGACCUGCCCAAGGAGUUCAAGGACCGUUUGGAAUGA